UCAGUUCUAAUGUGGGGCCCAAAGAUUAUUCGCCGGCAUUCAGUUGCGGAGUGAUUUUACUGCUUAGGUUUUUCUUCACUGCGUCGAGUUGGUUUCUCGCCAUGGACGACCUCCCUCUCGAUAGAAUCGCGAUUUCUGGUCCCACAUUGGCCUCACUGAUCCAACGGCUCUCCUCCUUCCCCGGCGAUGUCGACGGCUUAAUCUUCGGAAACGUCAGUCGCAUCGUCCCCUCUAAUCUCUCCGACGACUCGCCGGCGGAACCGUUCGCAUCGGGUUCCUCCUCCGCCGUUUCGUCUUCUCAAUUAGUCGCCACCGUCACAAGUUUUAUAUGUUCUGGUAUGAGCGUCUCCUUCUAUGAUCCGCUUGGCCGAGUUGAUCCGCGCCGGAUCGACUCUCUCCGAGUCGGUGCGCCGGGUCAUAUACUCGGCUGGUUCUCCGCUCGCCGGAAAACCGCUAACCGCCCCUCGAUGCGUGAAUUUUCUGUGACGUCAUCUCUUUCUUCUCAACAUUCCCACCCGAUCGAGGACUCGCAAAACCCUAGCCCCGCAAACAUAGCCUCGUGCGUUUUCUUCCUCUUCACUACGCCGCCGUCUGACCAGUUCAUCCACACGCACGAGUACCGCGCCUACCAAUUCUGCUCUUCGAAUCAGCGGUUCGAGCCGAGAUCGAUCGGUAUAGUCAACAUCGGGCCGGCCUUCCGCGGACAUUACGGUACUUUUAGCCCGAAUUCGGCAUUUCCGCUUCUGAACUGCGAGCUGAGGAGUUCGCCCAUGAGCGAGGACCAGGAUGAAGGGACGUUAAGUGCGAAGAAGCAUGCGGCUAAGGCUCAGAAGGAAAUCGAUGCUUUAGCAGAAGGGUUUCAGGUGGGAAAUUUGAGACGUAUGAUGGGAGCUGAAGCUUCUAAUUACACAGGCGGAUUGGAAGAAUUGUACGAGAGGAUGCUUGCUAAGAUCGAGAGCUUAGCUUCCCUUGUUGAGAAAAGCUCGACCAGGGUAUUUGAGCAGGACAAUGAGAAUCGGAAGUUGAGAUACAGGGUUUCCAGAAUCGAGCAAUGAAAUUGGUUUUGUUCCCCCCCCCCCCCCUUUUGUUGGUGCUAUCAUCAGAAGUUCUGAAGACCUGGGAUUUGUCCAAAUGUAGAAUCUUCAACAUUCCAAGAUGAGUCAGUGCAGCCAGGGAGAUGAUGUAGCAGCAGCAGCAGUGAUGUAUUAUGAUAAAUAAUCUUGGAAGAUGAUGGCUUUGCAUUUGCGGUGCGGCGGUCAGACCGUUAGUUUCUGUACCAUCUCGUCUCUAUAUAUAUAUAUAUAUCAACUAUCAAGUAUUGUCAUUGUGUCAUUUUGCGGGCUUUCCCUGCUGGGUCGUUCUUAUAUUCGUGAAAUGGAGGCAGUCUCUUCCUCUUUUCUUGAGAUGUGCCAGCGUCUUUUGCUGAGAGGGAAGAGCAGUUUGGUCCCCCUUCAUUUUAGCUCUCUGUUCUCUUUUGACGAUGAUGAUGAUGAUGCAGUGUCCAUUCAUUGUCAUGUACGAGAAGUGAAAGUGAAGGCAUGUUUUUCAGUGUUUUUCUUGCA